AUGAAAUUAAAUGAAAUUCCUAAAUAAGAGAAUUAAAUAGCAGAAUCAAUUAGAUAAUAACUUGGACAUAUAAAACUAAAUUAUGAUUCUUAGUAUCAAAUUUAUUAACCUGUAUAAAUUAUAAAUUAUAAACCUAAUGGAGAUAUUCAUUCAAUUAUCUUUUAUGAAGGUCAAAGGUAAAAAUAAAAAAGAAAUGGAGCAGGAGUAUAAUAUUAUCCUGAUGGUUCCAUUUAUGAAGGUCAUUGGAGUCAAAAUAAAUUGGCUGGAUUUGGUAGAAUAAUUUAUGCAGAUGGAGAAUAUUAUAUAGGAUUAUGGAGAUAAGGAUAAACUCAUGGUGAAGGUACUUUAGUUAAUAAAGAAUUAACUUAUAAAGGAACAUGGGAAGAUGGAGUUUAAUUACUAUAAUAUUCUAUAUAUAGAAUGGAUAAGGAUAUUUAUAAAAGAGUAAUGGAACUUCAUAUGAAGGAUUAUUUAAAAAGGGACGUAAGCAUGGAUCUGGUUUAGUAAAAUAUUCAGAUAAUUCUUAAUAUAAAGGAAACUUUAUUUAAGAUCCUUAUGAAGGUAUUGGAGAAUAUAGAUGGAGGGAUGGUAAGACUUAUGGAGGAGAGUGGAAAAAUAAUCUCAUGAAUGGAAAAGGAGAAUUAAGAUAUCCAAAUGGAGAUGAAUAUAUUGUAAUUAUUAAAUUAUAUAUUCUAGGAAAUAUUAAGAAUGACCAAAAUCAUGGAUUAGGAAAAUUCAUAUAAUUUAAUGGUAGAUCUAUUGAAGGAUAAUGGGAGUUUGGUAUAUUAAUUGGAGAAGCAAAAAUAACAGAACCUAAUGGAGAAUCAUCAUAGGCUUAUUUUAACGAUCAAAUUAUUUGAUAUAUUUAAUAUAGAAUACUUUCUGUUAAUAUAUUAAUUAAAAAAUAAUUUUUAUGAAUUUUUAUAUAACAGCAUUUACAACUAUCAUUUAUUUUUAUUACAAUUUUUAAUAACUAUAUAUAAUUUCCAUUUAUUUUCUUUUAUAACACUAAUGAAAUUAGCCUUGCUAAUUAAUUAUAUCAUUUUAUUUAUAUAGAGAUUCAGUAAUUUAACAUAAAUAUCACAAUUUUAAAAAAAUCAUUGA